CGUGCUCGCGCGCUGCGCCCUUGCGACGUGAUGGCGCACGCGCGGCCUGGCCUGGCUCCCAAGAUGGCGGCGCGCAGGCCGCGCUGUCGCUGAGGGCCCCGCGCUCCGGUGCGCUCCCGCUGCCGCCGCCCUAAUUUAGAUCUGUCUGUGACCGAUACCACGAGUUGUGAAGGUGAUUCCAAAACCACCGUGAGGCAAAGACAGUUUCGUUUAUUCUGAAAAAGAGACUUUUUGAAGGUCCUGAAGUGACUCUCUGAAGACUUCGUUUUUGAAAAUUUAAAAAGCAGAGACAAUUCUGUUUUAAUAAAUGAAGGAGAAUAAAGAAAAUUCCAGCCCUUCUGUGAACUUGGCAAACCUGGACCAUACAAAGCCAUGCUGGUACUGGGAUAAGAAAGAUUUGGCACACACACCAUCACAGCUUGAAGGGCUUGAUCCAGCUACAGAGGCACGAUACCGCAGGGAAGGGGCCAGAUUCAUAUUCGACGUGGGAACACGUUUAGGGCUACAUUAUGACACUCUAGCAACCGGAAUAAUUUAUUUCCAUCGGUUUUAUAUGUUUCAUUCCUUCAAACAGUUCCCAAGAUAUGUGACAGGAGCCUGCUGUCUCUUCCUAGCAGGAAAGGUUGAAGAAACACCCAAGAAAUGUAAAGACAUAAUUAAAACAGCUCGUAGCUUACUGAAUGAUGUACAGUUUGGGCAGUUUGGAGAUGACCCAAAGGAAGAAGUGAUGGUACUUGAAAGAAUCUUACUACAGACAAUAAAGUUUGAUUUGCAAGUGGAACAUCCAUACCAAUUUCUUCUUAAGUAUGCCAAACAACUCAAAGGAGACAAAAAUAAAAUUCAAAAACUGGUUCAAAUGGCAUGGACAUUUGUCAAUGACAGUCUCUGCACUACACUGUCCCUGCAGUGGGAGCCCGAGAUCAUAGCUGUUGCAGUCAUGUACUUAGCAGGCCGUUUGUGUAAGUUUGAAAUACAGGAAUGGACAUCAAAACCAAUGUACAGACGAUGGUGGGAGCAGUUUGUCCAAGAUGUUCCUGUUGAUGUUUUGGAAGAUAUCUGUCAUCAGAUCCUGGAUCUAUACUCACAGGGAAAACAGCAAAUGCCUCAUCAUACUCCUCAUCAGUUGCAGCAGCCACCAUCUCUUCAGUCUACACCCCAGGCACCUACAGUACAGCAGUCCCAGCAAUCCCAGAGUUCAGAGCAAUCCCAGACACAGCAGCAAAAAGAGUCUCAGCAGUCAGUGCAGCAACAGCAGCAGCAGCAGCAGCAAACACAAGCACAGCAAUCUAAAAAGCCUUCUCCCCAGUCAAGUCCUCCUAGACAAAUUAAAAGACCAGCAGCUGUAUCUCCAAAAGAAGAAACAAAAGCAGCAGAACCACCGCCACCAUCUAAAAUUCCUAAAAUUGAAACUUCACAUCCACCAAUACCUCCUGCACAUCCACCUCCAGAGCGCAAGCCUCCUUUGACAACAGCAGUUUCAAUGGGAGAACCAGAGCAGUCUGCUCCUGUGGAUUCAGUAGAUGUGCCAAAGGUCCAGAUUCCUCCUCCUACUCAUCCUGCCCCAGUACAUCAACCUCCCCCUCUGCCACAUCGUCCCCCACCCCCACCCCCCACCAGUUAUAUUACAGGAAUGUCUACUACAAAUUCUUACAUGUCAGGGGAGGGUUAUCAAAGUCUCCAGUCAAUGAUGAAAACAGAAGCACCAACAUACGGAGCUUUACCGCCAGCCUAUGGACCACCAGCUCAUCUACCAUAUCAUCCUCAUGUCUACCCUCCAAACCCUCCACCACCAGUUCCACCUCCACCCCCUGCUUCUUUCCCCCCACCCAAUAUUCCACCUCCUACUCCUGGAUAUCCUCCUCCGCCGACAUACAACCCUAAUUUCCCACCUCCAAGACUGCCUCCAACUCAUGCAGUACCACCUCAUCCACCUCCAGGGCUGGGAAUGCCACCAACUAGUUACCCCCCUCCUACUGUUCCCCCAGCUGCACAGCCACCUGUACCACCUCCAAUUCCUCCACCUGGUAUGCCACCUGUAGCAGGACUUGGACGUGCUACAUGGAUGAGAUAGCAUGAGGUAAUUUGCACGAAUAUACCUUUAUGUUGAUUAGGCAGGAGUAGAUAGCCAAAACCUAUGUUGUAAAGAUGAAGAGGAGGGUAAUCUGUAUAAUUUAGAUGAAGAAAUGAGAUUAAAUGAAAAUUUAGCUGAUCUGUUUGCAGUAUGGUUUAUGGUGAGUUAUAUAGGCUUCUAGAUUUUAAUCAGCUUUGCAGUAUCUAUUCUAACUUUAUACAUUUGACUUAAGUUUAAAUUGUCUUGACUUAUUCCAGCACUGGAUUACUUUGUACUAGCAAAACCAGCCAUAUUGGCUCAAUUAUAUCAGUAAGAAGAAAAUUUCCUUCUAGAAAUCAGUGCCUAUUUUUAAGUAUCAAAAUAGCCAGAUACUAUGAUAUAUGAUCUAUAAUAAGAAACUUCAUUUUUAAUAGUAAGUAAAACAACACGAUGUCAAGCAUAAAAGCUGCUUUAUUUAAGAGAGAUUCUGAAUGCUAGCUGACUGGAAUAAUUUUGAGGUGUUUGCCUUGCUGAUAGUUUUGGUUUGGAAUGUACUGGUAUCUUAAAAUAUUGUAUGUUUACACCUAUUUGCAAAUUCCUGUACAUAAUAUAUAUAUUUUCUAAGUGUGAAAGUCUGAAUGUAACAGCCUACUGUGAUGUACAUCAUAGUUGUAAAUGGGACUACUUUGUUCACUCUACCCAAAUAAAAUUGGUUCUGAAUUUA